AAUGCCAUAGAAAAGCUGCUUCUCCUAUCUUUGAAUAUUACAGCAAUAGCCUGAAGAACACAGGUCACUGAGUAGUGCUUCGUUUUCUUGAGGACAUGAGUUCAUGUCCGCGUGAGUGGUAAAUUCUGACUUCCACAAUUGAGAAAGUUAAAGUUGACGCUAAUCUUCAGAUUGAUGUUAAAUCGAUCUGAUGAAUCUACAAAUUUUGCAGUUUCCCUGAUACUCAUCAUUCAUCACGUAUUCAACACGUUAAGAUCGGUAACUGAUUUUUAGUAAGUACUCAUGUGAAUAGUAUCCCGCGAACGGAUUGCCAAAGCGAGAUUUCGCUUACGUUUGGGCAUUACGUAUAGGUCCCGCUGUGGGGCUGCCCCUGUUUCUUCCCUUCCCCAUCGACAAAACCUUUGACAGUUGAUAUUCAUACGGAAUUACAACCGAGUUUAAAAGAUGGAAGGAUAUUACGAUCGCGAUGCACCUCGUGAACGUCAGUCGGGUGCUCUGCGAACGGGAGUGCGAGUACACCGUAAACAUGGCGCUGCUCCGUACGCCCGCGUGUUACACAUGGACAGGGAAGGAGACGCUCAGAUGGGUGAAGGAUCCGCCAGCGGCGCUGCCACUCAAAGAGUGGCCUCGUUUAAUCCCCGUGGUGGCCAACAGGCUCAUCGGAGCCGAAGUCUCUCCGUCGCGCUCCCCGCUGAAAAGAAUGUCUUUUCCCGGUUGGGUCCGAAAAAUCUCAGAAUGGCUCGCGAAUCCUUCAGCGUGCGCAAUCGUGGUCGGGGAAGACCGUUGUAUGGAUCGCGACCUCCGGUGACGGCUUGGUUUAAAGUUCGGCUGGUUGGUGCGGCCACAGUGGAUAGAUCGUGGGUCAUGAACGCCAUUGGAGACAGACUUUCCGCGGAAAAUGUUACGUUCCAGCCAAUUCAAGUUGCCGUCGAUGGAAAUUCUUUAACAUUCUUUGUCAAGGACCAAGCUGCUGCAGAUAAAUUGAAGAUGCUGAAUAAAGUGAUUCAGUUCUCUCAUGGGCCAAAGAUGCCUAUUGGCGUAAAUCCUUCGCAAGCUCCCGUUGUACAUUUGGAUGAAUCCGUAAAAGACGCGAUAAGGACCGCAAUGGGCAAACGAUACGACGCAGCAACACGCUCUUUAACUUUGAGCUUGUUUAACGAAGCUCCUGAGUUCAAAAUUGCCAGUCUGAGCAUUCAGCUGUCCAGAACUAGUCACAUGAAAGCGGUUUUGGAACUGAUCGAAACUAAUAUCAAAGACCUGCACUCUCUGGACCUCAGUAAAAAUCGUCUGACGCAGUUGAUGGACUUUUUUCGUUUGGCUGACAAAGUGCAGUUGCAUCAGCUGAACCUCAGUGAUAAUGCGAUUCGGAAUAUACGUGAUGUGGAGCUGCUGCGCUCUUUUACCCACCUCGUGGAUCUGGACUUAAGUCGGAACCCCAUUCGGGAUGCGUAUCGUGAUACGCCCGCGUACAUCGAGGAUGUACGUAAGAAGCUACCCAACCUGCUGAGGUUAGACGGUGUAGAUUUGCCGAAGAAAAUUGGAUUUGAUGCGCCGACGCGUGUCCAACUCCCGGUACCCACCCAGUUCCAUGCGCCAAAUGAACAGGCCAAACAGCAGCUUACAACUUUCAUACAACAGUACUAUACGUACUUCGAUGGAAGACGGUCAGAAUUGUUGGGUGCCUAUUCGGAUGAUGCGCAGUUUUCCCUCUUCGUCCCGAAAUUUCAGGACAAGAGCUCGGGUUUCUUUCCCCAUAGCCGAAAUUUGAACUUUGUCGUCGACAGUGCCACUCGCAACGUUAAAUUGUUGCUUGGAAGGACAUCCAUAGUCGAAUUCUUUAGCAAAUUGCCUGCCACUGCUCAUGUCCCGGAAUCGUUUACAGUGGAUGUGUUUUUCAACGAGAAUGCCUUGGUGGGAUUCAUGGUGACUGGUGUUUUUCGAGAAGAGCAAAACAAACACCAGCGAAUCCGUUCGUUUUCGCGAAAUUUUGUCGUUGUGAUAUCAGAUGAAGGGCUGCGAAUCCUAUCCGAUACCUUGACAGUCAGCCAGGCUUCCCCCGAGCAAGUUAAUCAGUUCAGUCAAAAUACGCCUUCGGAGAAGCCUUCUAGCAGUGUUGCUACACCUGCAACUACUGUACUUGACGAACAGACGAAAUUGGCCAUGAUAGUUAGUUUUGCCAGUCAGAGUGGAAUGAAUGAGCACUACAGUCGAUUAGCGUUGGAGGACUGGAACUGGGACUAUCCAAAAGCUGGUGCUGCUUUCUUGCAACUCAAAAGUGAAAAUAAACUUCCCCCGGAAGCCUUCGUAAAAUAGCAGCAAAUUGAAUAAGUUAUGUUUGACUCUGUUUGGAGGACUUACAAGCUGUUGCUUUGACUUUGCCUUCGUGCGCUGUUGAUAGUAACCUGAUUUUUAUUUUGUCAGACUUUCAUUUACUCAGUGACAACGUUUUUUGCAUGGACUUCGGGGAAAAAAUAGAUACAUAGCAGCCAACGCUUUGAGUAUAACUACGAGACACGAUACAAAAACAGCUGUAAUUCCGGAAACAAGGGCUAGAAAAGGUAAUUGUGCAAUAAAUGUAAUCGCCGAAGCAU